AUUCUUUCAAUUCUCGGAUAGUCAAAGUUUGUUUUACGGGUUAAUAAAAGCAGAAGAAAUGGGAAUUUUGGGUGAUUCGACACCCAACGAAUAUCACAAAAGCGGCCUAAAGUUUCACAAGAGGGAACAAUAUGAUAAGGCCUUUUUAAAGUUUACAUGGGCAGCUCACCAAAGUCAUGCCGAAUCUCAGUACUACUUGGCAAGAUUGUAUGAAGACGGGCUGGGAGUCAAUCCGGAUGAAGUAUUGGCGCUGUAUUGGUUCAAUCAAUCUCUCAUCAAUGGAUACCUCGACGCUAGUUUUAAUAUUGGGAGAUUAUACUGCCACGGAAAAAAGAGCAUUAAAAUCAAUUACAAGAAGGCAGUACAUUUCUUUAAGGAUGUGCAAGGCAAAGAUGAACACUUAGCCAGUAGCCUUAUCGCCAUCAUGUUUUUCACCGGUGUUAUGUAUGCUGAAGGCGGGUUUGGUUUGAAGAAAGAUUUCAAAGCGGCCGAAACUUGGUUUCUACAGAUUACUCCAAGAUUAGCCUAUCCUUUUAGCAUUUUAGGUAUUCUUUACUUUAUAGGCGGAUAUGGCAUUGAGCGAAAUUACCAUAUAGCCUCGGAUUACUGGUCCGAAGAAUUCACGAAUGAUUUGAACAGUUCUGAAAACUAUAUGGUAUCCAUUGGUAUCUUUUACGAAAAAGGACUGGGAGUUGAGCGAGACUAUAACAAAGCCAUGGAGAUGUACAAAAGAGCCAGCGAAGAUGAUAUUGCACUUGGUUUUGUGGGUAUGGGCUUGCUUUAUCAGAAUGGACUCGGUGUAUCACAGGAUUUUGAUAAAGCACACAAAUUGUACAGAACCGCUCUGAAAUCCUAUGACAAUACAGGUUACGGUGAUGCAAUGGCUUGUUUAGGGAUAUUAUACCAGUACGGUCUAGGAGUGACUACAUCCCAUACCAGAGCAAUACAUUACUUUCAAAAGGCGGUUGAAUUAGGAAGCCUUAAAGGCUACAAUUACAUGGGCGAUGUCUUUAUGUAUGGAUGUGGAGUAGAUAUAGACUACGAAAAUGCAUUUCGGUGGUACUUGAAGUGUGAUACUUUAUUUGACGAUACGGUGCACUUUUGGGAAGAUGGCUUCAAAAUGCCGCUGCGUUUUUGCGAUAAAGGAUGGCUUAACAUUGGAACUAUGUAUUUUAAUGGAUUUGGUACAACUAUAAAUAGAAAGCUAGCUUUAGUGUACCUAGAGAAGGCAUCGAAAUUUGGGAAUGUUACAGCUCAGCGUUUUAUCGAUCAAGUAAAUGCUGACCCAUCUAUAAAUACCGCAGCGCUUCAAACUGAUAUUAUUAGUGGACAGAACCAUGCCAAUGAUGCAAGUUCCACUAUUACGGAACAACUACAAGUUUUUACGUCUCUUCAAGUGGAUGCCACUAAUACGAUUAAGCCAGAGCAGGAAGUCAGUACAGAUCAAAGGGAACAUAAGGCCAAAGCAAGCAAUAGAUAGAGG